AUGACACUGCCCCUGCGAGUCUCUGUCCGAGCCCGGACUUUGGCCGACAUUUGUCCUCUCCCUGGACUCUCUCGCCGUCGAUAUUCGAGUCCAUGUGUCUCUGUGACUGGGUCUAAGCGACCCGAAUUUCACGACUACUUCGUCACUCGCCUGCCAUCGUCAUCCCUACACCCCGACCCUCGAGGCCCCCUCACCCCUUUCCAUAAAUUGCCUCGCGCCGCGUCGGUGCCUCAUACGGGCGAUUCGACCCAUUCCCCUACCACUAUUCAGCCUUUAGUCGAUCGGGAUACCACUGUCGUUCGCAUUCCGCUUCGCAAUGCGAAGCACCACUUUGGCGCCCACACAUCACGGGGCACGCGGCCGUCCAACGAGGAUACAUAUCAGGCCGGAGUCAUUGACAUUCCUGCGUUUGCGAAGCGGCCACCAGCAUCCUUGACAAUCAAAGCCGCAGGUAAUCCGGAUUCUGCGCCCCGUGAAAACCGGGGUGCCGACAAUGCGAAUGGAGACCCCCAAGUUUUUUACUUUGGCAUCUUCGACGGUCAUGGCGGAUCAGAAUGUAGCAACUUUCUGAAAGACACUCUGCACGAGGCCAUUCAAGAUACUGCGGCCGCAUUUGAGCUCCAAUCCAGUCUGCGGCGUGGGCCUCAGGGGCAGAUACCCAGAGGUGCGGACCCGUCCUCUGGCGAAUUGCCGAUCUUCCAAAGAGGCAAUUGCGAACGCGCCGCCAAGCUUGAGAAGAUUCUAUUGCAGAACUGGAGGACUCUCGUUGGGGGCUAUUUCAAGCGGUUCUCUCCCUCUCACUUUGCGCACACGCGCAGGGAGAGCUCUUCUGGUGUCACCAUCGAGGAGAUCUUGGAAUACGCCUUUCUGCGAACUGAUCUGGAAUUCGUCUCGGCGCAAGCCGCCAAGCAGGAUGACGAUCCCGCGCGUGUCAGCCAACCCAUGUAUCAAGAUGACAUCUUGUACGGUCCUGAAAACGGUCCGGCGCUGAACGUCGGUGGUACCAAUCGCUUCAAGGGCGGAAGCACAGCGAGUGUGGCCCUCAUCUCCACCCCCACGCCAGCUCCUUUCUGGCAUCCAGGAGCCCCGUCUAGUCUCCUCGUAUCACACGUUGGAGAUACUCGCAUCCUAUUGUGCUCGACUGAAACUGGCCAGGCGAUUCCCCUAACGUCCAACCACCAUCCCUCCUCGCCGAUUGAGGCCAGCCGGCUCCGUCGUUAUGCCACCACCUUUGUCACGGAUUCUUUCGGAGAGGAGCGCAUGAGUGGGCUGGCAAACACGCGAGCAUUUGGCGAUAUGCAAUCCAAACGCAUCGGUGUGUCGGCCGAGCCCGAAAUUCGUCGGGUGGAAAUGGGCCCAGCUGAAUAUUCCUUCUUGGUGCUGAUGUCGGACGGCAUCAGCGGCACGCUACCAGAUCAGGAAGUAGUAGAUAUCAUCAAGGAAGCCAAGACGCCAGACCAGGGGGCUCGUGAUGUUGUCAGCUUCGCAACUGAAGUGACGCGCGACGGGGAUAACGCCACCUGCCUGGUUGUUCGCUUAGGCGGCUGGGAACGUCGGCUGGAAGGUGGAUUAGGCAGUAUGGGCACGAAGGAGGCGCGCGAUUGGCGGCGACAAGAGGCAACCGAUCCUCGGCGGUCUCGACGAUGA